AAGCUGUUCGUGUCAACAUUUGGAUUUGUGUGGUAUUCUAGAGCAUCUAUCGAUCCGUCAUACAUUUAGAAAAGUCUACUCCCACUUUCUAUACUUUCAUCAAGCCCGAGCCCCACUCACUCUCAGCGCCAUGGGUUCGCUGAGCGGCGGCGUGGCGCCGUCUUCGGGCGGCGAGAGUGAAUUUGCGCUGGCGGAACAGUCAAGAGUCGUGCCCGCGACGUCCGCAACGGUGCGGGCCACCGUGGCGCAGGCGAUCGUGGAGUUUUUCCAGAGCCAGUACCUGGAGCAAUUCGACGGGUCCUACAAGCCGAUGAUUUACGGGUACUGGGGCAUUUUCGGGCACGGGAACGUGUGCGGGUACGGGCAGGCGCUGGAGGAAAAAGAGGAGCAGGUGCCCUACUUCCGCGGCCAGAACGAGCAGGGCAUGGCGCUGGCCGCCAUGGCGUUCGCGAAGCAGUCGCAGAACCGCCAGGCCUGUGCGGUGACCACCAGCAUCGGUCCGGGCGCGACCAACAUGGUCACCGCGGCCGCCUGUGCGCACACCAACCGGAUCCCCCUGCUGCUGCUGCCCGGCGACGUGUUCGCGUCGCGCCUCCCCAACCCCGUUCUCCAGCAACUGGAGGACGUGAAAGCGCAAUACUCCGUGAACGACUGCUUCUUGCCUGUCUCCGUGUUUUUUGACCGGAUCUUCCGCGCCGAGCAGCUUCUUGACGCGCUGCCAAAGGCGGCCCAGGCGCUGGCCGACCCGCAACGCCCGGGACCCGUGGUGUUGUCGGUGUGCCAGGAUCUGCAGGCGGAAGCCUACGACUUCCCGGCCCACCUGUUUCAGCGCCGAAACCACCGGCUGCGGCGGUCGCCGCCGGAUGGGUCGGAGCUGGAAGGGCUGAAGAAGGCACUGCUGGAGGCGAAAAGGCCGCUGUUCCUGCUGGGCGGCGGAGUGGUGUACAGUGGCGCCAAAGAAAGUAUCACGAGGUUCUGCCAGCAAUCAGGAAUUCCGUGCACCGAGACGCAAGCUGGAAAAGGUAUACUACUCAUAGUGAACCAAUUUUGUUGUCAUAAUAAAACACUGCGCUUUUGUUUUCGUAUGUGCAGUGUGUACAGUCGCGUGUUCGUGUAUUGCAAGGCACGUACUACGCUAUUUGUUUAAGCAAAACCAAUCCCGCGCGACGUAUUCUCUUUUGUACACUUCAUUUUUUAAACGACCUAGGCUGCGUCCCGGACGACCUGUGUCUUGGCGGCCUGGGCGUGACGGGGACGUACGCAGCGAACAAGGCGCUGGAGAACGCCGACCUCCUAGUCGCUUGGGGAUCUCGCCUGGGGGAUUUUGUGACGAGUUCGAACGCCGGGGUUCCGCCCACCUGCAAGCGAGUGUGCGUAAAUUUGCUACCCUUCGACGCCACCAAGAUUUCCGCAGCGCCGGUGGUGGGGGACAUCAAAAUAGUGCUCGACCAGUUGCUGCAGGAACCAAGCCUCGGCCAGCUCGCCGUGUCUCCGGAGUACAAAAAGGAAAUGCAGGCGCUGCGAACCAAUUGGCUGGACAUGAGGAGCAAGAUCUGUGCGCAACCGACGUCCGACAGCAUGGUCGUCGAUGCCGUCAAUCAGGUAUUUCCAUAGUUUUCCGUCCGGUCAAACUUUUUGUUCGAAAAAUAAACUUUUUGUUCGAAAAAUCAGUUCUUUUAUGUGAACAAAGAAAUUCGACAUGCAUCUGUGAAAUUCCACAGUUUACAACCUGUGGCAGGAAACCGUAGCAGGGCUACUAGAUACGUACCUGCUAGUACCUACCAUUGAAUCCAGCCCCGCGACCACCUUAAAACCCUUUCAGGUCUGUCAUGCGAUCAACGGCGUGGCGGUGGCUGCCGCGGGCGGGCUUCCGGGUGAGAUGCACAAGCUGUGGCGGAGCAACGGGAUAUCAAAUGUAAAAAUGUCUGGGUCUGGAAACUUGUGAUGCUGGGUGGCGUCUCAUGAUGAGGCUACAAAUGCUGGCUCAGCAUGACAAGUUUCUGAGCGCCUAGGUGUUGCCUGUUCUGCAUGACAAACUGCGCCUCUGCAUCACAGAAAAGCGGAGCUCUUGGCUAACGUGCAUGACAGAUUUGAGAGUCACGCCAGACAAGCAUGACAAACAUGAAUUCUUCCAGACCCAGACAUUUUUACAUUUGAUACGGGAGGGAAGACUACCAUUUGGAGUACGGCUACUCGUGCAUGGGGUACGAGGUGGCCGGGGGCGUCGGCGUGAAGAUGGCGAGUCCAGAAAAGGAGGUCUUCAGCAUGUGCGGGGACGGCAGCUGGCUGAUGAUGCACACGGAGAUUGUGAGCGCGCGCCUGUUGAAGUUCCCCAUAUCCGUGAUCUGCGUCGACAACAGCGGCUUCGGCUGCAUUCACCGGUUGCAAAACGGCAGCGGGAUCCGAGAGUACGGCAAUUUGCAGACGUCUGGCGUUGAUUUCGUGAAAAACGCAGAGGCACUCGGCGUGGAAAUCUGCGUCAAAACCACCCCCCCGGACCUGAAGGCGACUCUCAUGAAACACUGCACGCCGGAAAACCGAGGUUUUUAUCUUUUCACUUGAACAACUCUGGUGGUGUUGCUCCGGGCAACGCUAGGAAAUUUUGAUUUUCUCCUGUUUGAUUAUGAUCAUGAUGUCUAGAGACAACUUUAUGCGCUUGGUUACAGGACGAGGAAAUCGAAAUUAUAAAGCACUGGUAUAAAUGGUCUUUCGCUUUCAAGAUUUCUGGUUGUGUGAUUUCUUCUAUAGGUAAGUGCAAGUUGUUCCUCGUGAACACCGAUCCGGACAUCUCCAGCCCUGGUUACAGCUGGUGGGACGUGGCCAUUCCGGAACAUUCCAAGCUUUCGAAGUCCGACCAAACUAUCUCGGAAAAGCGAGUAGAGUACGAGAGGCGGAUCGCGGCCCGGAAGUCGGCCAAGUUGUGAAGAGAGGCCCUGAAGAAGUGCUGUGUCUGUCGUCGUGGCGUAGAAGAAGUGCCGCCAGCACGACGCGAGGAAAAGAUAAAUUUUGCAAACGAAGAAUGAACACAACCCGAAUUGUUGACCAACGCGCCGCAGCGCAAAAGAACCUGAAAGCAGCUUCUACAGCGACCGGAGUACAAUAAGCGUAAGAGGACGGCUGCCCCGCCGUCUUAAAGACCGUCUGACAGCCCUCGCAACAAAGACAAAAUGAAUUUCCAAAGUCAUAUCUCCGCGGCAAAUGAUGUGACCGGCGAUAAACAGCAUUGUUGUUUCUGACGGAAUUAUUU